UCUUGUUUUGACAGAGCUAGAAAGUAAAUAUGGCAGACGACGUUGCGCCUGUUUCUGCUGGUCAAAGUGUUUUAGGCUUGAAAAUGCAGACUCAAGAGCUUCCUGCAACGUGUUUGUUGGAUUUACCCCCUGAAGUUAUUAGGGGUGUCCUGAUUUUACCAGCUCUGUCGAUUAAAGAUGUGUCUAGGCUUGCUCAGACGUGCCAUAAAUUGAACGCUUUGGUGUCCGAUGACUGCAAUGAUGUUUGGCGAAUUCUUCAUCGGCGGAGAUGGCCAGACGCAAACAAAUUGUUGUUGGAAUCAACAGAAAUCGAUUGGCUUGCGGAAUGUAAACGGGCGGUGCAUUAUGUCCAAGUUACUGUCGGCCUCAUGGAAGAUGUGUGGCCAAAGGUGUACGUCGAAAGUGAAGUCUGUUAUUCUCAUUAUGCUCCAUUUCGUAAAAUUAUGGAGGAGGACAAAACUGCUUAUUACUACUUUAAGGACCACCUAAUGGGCGUGAUUAGAGAUGUUCAUGGUGAUGCUAACUUAUCUCAAAUUUACCAAGCCAAAAAACUGUUGAGAUAUAUUCGCCAAGAGUAUCUCACUGAACAGUGGAAGAGAUAUAAAACUCUUCCAGAAGAAGAACAAGUCUUGGAAGUUGGUGUGGGAUAUGUGUCUCUGUGGUGUCAACCCUUGUCAGACAUAACUACUGAACAUUUGGCAAAUCAUUUUGACAAACUUGCAAGUUUUGUGCUGGAGCAUCUGAAAAUAUCCAAUCCUAAUCACCCAAUAUUUCAGACUACUUCAAACGAACGAUUGAAGUGGGGAAAAGAAAAUCUUCUUUGUGACAGGUGGAGUGCGUUACAGUGCAUGGAAAUUCUGCAUGCCAUGGACCAUGUUCUGAUAGGGAAUCUUGGUUUCCAUGGCAUCAAAGAAAAUUACCAUCACAGAGAGAACUAUUUAAUUGAUAAAGUACUCUCACUACAACAGGGAGUUCCCAUAACUCUAAAUGUAAUUAUUGAAUGUAUUGCCCGUCGUCUUGGUGUGAGGACUGAACCUUGGUAUCGUGGUCACUUUGUUUUGAUGUGGAAGAGUGAUAGGAACCCUGACUUUCCACUUGUGUAUUUGGAUGCUUUCAAUACUGGAAGUCUCAUCCGCCCUGAAACGUAUAUGGGAAACUCAGGAAGUGGUGGUUGUCCCUACCGAGAUCAACAUUUGCCUAAGGGCCGCGUCUCAUGCAUGGAGGUUAUUGAGAGACUAACUGCAGGUAUUGAAGUGGCAGGGAGGAUGAGCAUGAGGAAUAACGGUCACAGCACUUACUUGAGGAGUGCAUUAGAACUCAUGUUUGUUAUUAAUUCAAGAAAUCUGACAUACAUUCUGCACCUAGCAAGGCUUUACAUGCUUUAUAAUAUUAGCGUGUCUGAUCUUAUUGACAGUGUCAUGUCAACAAUGGAAGAACUUCCUAGUGACGUUCACAAACAUGCCGAGAACAUCCUUCAAAUGUUCAAAGUGUAUAUACCUGAGAGUAAACCACUACCAGUUCCUCAAACCCGUCAAAUAGCACCUAGUGUGCAGUUUGCUGUUGGUAUGUCAAUGUUUCAUAAAACUUAUAAUUAUUUGUGCGUUAUCACUGGCUGGGACACUACAUGUCUUGCAACUGAUGCAUGGAAGCAGGAAAUGCGUGUGCAAUAUUUAAACGACAAAGACAAUCAGCCGUUCUACAAUGUUUUAGUACCUGAUGGAACAAUUCGAUAUGCUGCUCAAGAAAAUUUGGAGCCUUUGACAGCUCGUCAUCAUUUUAAUACCUUCAAUGUGCAUCCAGAUGUUGGCCGUUACUUUGAAACCUAUCGGAAUGGGUACUAUAUUCCAAAUAUGCUUAAAUUAGUAGAGUAUCCAGAUGACCUAGAGUUUUGCAGACAAUUUUAUGAAACGGUAAAGUAACUAGUGGUAAAAAAACAACAACAUAGCCAGCUAAUUAUAUAAGUGUUUUAUUUGGAGGUAGUCCACUAUUAAUAAGCAGUCUAGCCCUUCCUGAAGCUUAAGUUUAACAUAAGAUCUUCAAAGGUAAACUUUCCUCUUAAUCUUUCACUGUAUUUCAUUGUUUAAAUUUAAAUGGUGUGACGAAGUGCUAACCCAAAGAUUGGGUAAUGACCUUUUAUCUUUUUUGGUGCUAGAUUUUUUAGCAUUAUCCAUUGAGCAAUCUUUUUCUCCAUAAAUUAUGAACUAACUAUAUUGAAGAUGUUUUAUGAUGUAUAGGGAAUGGUUUUCUGCUUCCUUUUCCCCCCCUCAUGUGCCAUGAAUAACUUGCAAAUGAGAUUCUUGUCGUGAAGUUUAUUGAAAAGUUUAUUCUAGUUUUUUUUUUUUUUAAUUAUUUUUUAAUUAGAGGACUUUGGAGUGGCUUGUUUUUACAAUUUCUCAUGGCUUCCCUCAUUGUUUCUUGAUUAUUGUUGUGAUUGUUUUGGUGUCUUAUACUAUAUUUCUAUCUCUAGAAUUUUCUAGAAUAUAUUAUACCGAAGAAAUAAAUUGUUUCUAUCAAAGUUUUUUCUUUGUCAA